AUGUUAAAGUCAGGUAGAUUAUUAUCAAGCAUUCAGCCAUCAGUCUUGCAAGGACUCUAUGGCACUUAUCAACCAAACUCAUCAUUGGUCUUGUCCAACGAUGACAAAAACAACAACAACAAUACAAAGAGAAACUCUAGCACCACUUCUGCUGCUUCUGCUGCUGGUGGAAAGCUACCAGACCCCAGCAAGGCUAUCUUUUCGAGCAACAUGUAUCACUACAGCUCUAUUGGUUUGGUCACCCUCCUCCCAAUAUCACUCAUGCUCCCAACCUCUGAAAUCACAAUGGUUACAGACUCGUUCCUUGCUCUUGCUAUCCCAGCUCACUACUAUCUUGGUAUGAACUCGGUUGUCAAUGAUUACAUCUAUUCAAAGUUCCCAAAGUUGUUGAGCAAGGCAUUCGUUCUCAUUUCAUCAGCAGUCAUUUUUGGUGGUUUCAUUGUGAUUGCCAAGGGUGCUGGUUUCGGUUACUCGGUUCGUCAACUCUGGGUUAGCAAAUAA